AUGUUACUAUGUCCUUUCCUCAGUGCUUGCCCUCCACCUUCUGUUAUUUUUCCUUGCCGAUGCGCAUUGUUUGUUUUACCACAGACCUAUACACUGUUUUUUGAUCGAUCUGAAAUUUUUCUUGAAAAUGGAAAAUCAAUUGUUUGUGAAUAUCUGAAAGAUAUUAUCGAUUUAAAAGAAUUGUUUCAAAAUUUAAGUUCAAAUGUAUCAUCAACACCGGCUGAAAAACAUUUUGAUACAUUUUAUCUUCUAAACACAGUUCAAAAAGAAAUACCAGAAAAUGUGUUUAGCGAUAUUACAUUUACCAAUCUUCAAUUUCAACAAAAUCUUCAUUUAACCUAUAUCCAUCCAAAUGCGUUUACAUUGACCAAUUCCUAUGUGAAAAUAUUUGAAACACUGAAUACGAACUUAUCAAAUGACUUUCCAAAAGAAUAUGAUAUUUUUGAUGUUUUAACAAAAUUUACAAAUAUCAGACGGAUAAGUAUGCAAAAUGACAGUUUGACAUCGAUACCAGAUUAUGCGUUUCGUCAACGAGCUAACAAUUCUAACUAUUCAAUUCAAUCGAGUUUAGAACAACUAUGGUUUGGUAUUGAAGGAAUAGCAUCACAGAAAUUUUCAUCGAUUGGUCAAUAUGCAUUUUAUGAGUUACCUAAUCUACGAUUUUUAAGACUAUUUAGUGAUAAUAUGACAAAAAUUCAAAAAUAUUCGUUGGCAUUUAAAAAUCGUGUUAAUUCAUGGAAUUUAAACAAUCAGUACAUGGAAGUAUAUUUAGGAAGCAAGUCAUUGUCAUCAGAAAGUUUCGAACCGACAUCACUAACGCGGUUUCGUUCAAGACACAUAUUUCUUCGUUUAUAUUCGACUGCCAUGUCCUAUUUAGAUGAGAAUAUUUUUCAACCAUUUUUAGAAUCAAAUUCGCAGUCAGCGAUAGAUAUUGCCCGUUCGUUUGAAUCUUGGUCAUGUGAUUGUCGAUCGAGCUGGAUUCAACGUGACUAUAGACUGGAAAAUUAUGAUAUUGAUAAUAGAGUGUAUGGAUAUAGAUGUUGGGAUUAUGAUUUCAAAAAUUGUACGAGCGCUAUUUUCAUAUAG